GCCAAAAAAGAGGACCUUGUAUAGACCGCCAGCUUCUCAGUCGCAGUGUUGUCAAUACUUUUUUCCAUUAUCAAAUAUGAAAGUAAGCGCCCCUUUUCCGGGAACUUAUGGACUUUAUGCAUGUUAUUAUGUGAGUUUGUCUAUUCGACCAUUUUAUUUCAUUUCGGCUUUGUUAUUAUUCUGUUUCCUGUUUCGGCGCAUUAGAUUAAUCAUUCAGCAUUGCUUUCAGUAUAUGAGACCCACUUGGUUAAUUUCUGUGUGUUUGAUGUGAGUUCAGUAAACAUCUGCUAAUAUUUCUGCCAAACGAAAAGUGAAUUGUGAGCAUAAAUUAAACGCCUUUUGUUGAUAAUCGAACGCAUUUUGCAUAUUAAAAUUGCUUUUUGAUUUAGAAAAAAAACAGCUGCCUUACACGACAUUAUAUUUUUAUACCCUGGAUUCAUCAGUUUGGCUGCCUCAACCUAUUUCUCUCUAACAGUGAAACCUGAAUAAUCACAAACAGUGAUCAAACGUGAAUGGGAAUUUAGUGCAACGACGGUUUCAACGAACGAAUAGGCGUGAAUCAGCUGACAGGAAGACAUUUGUUUUGCUGUUCGCAGAUAAACGGCGAACUCUCUUAUAAUGAAUUGAUUGGUGAACCAAUGAUUCAUAAGCAGUAGAUAGUGAGCACGCUUUGAAAGCGAGCUGUCUGACAUAAGAGACUCGACGUUUCUCGCUGCGGUUUUCUCGACGAUCACCGAACAAUCCGAAUGAUGAAAAUUUUUGCUGUCACUCAGGUUUGUGUGGUUCUUGUAGCGUCACUGAGGGCAAACGAAGCGGGUCGGCAUCAUAUCAUUAGCCGAGGACAUCUCAAGCCUCUGGAGGAACCUUUGUUCACAGCAGCUGUAGAACCAGUCGAAGCUGAUCUGAACGGGGCUGAAGAGAAGAAGGAUGAAACACUUGAAAUAAAUCAAGAACAACAACAAAGUGACAGUCGAGGAAGAACUGGUUAUAAAAUGCCACCCCCUAAAGGUCCACUGAGGGACAUAAAGUCACCAAGAAUCUCGUUAGAUGAAGGCAGUACCACUUGUGGUCGGACUUCAAGUUCUUCUUCACGAGUUGUCAAUGGCGCAGACGCAGCAGUUGGAGAAUGGCCAUGGCAGGCUCGCUUGCUGUUGAACAACAAUCAUCUUUGCGGAGGGACACUAAUCAUGCCAGAAUGGGUGAUGACGGCUGCUCACUGCGUGCUAGACGAUGACAGCAGUAAGUAUGAGGUGAUCCUUGGUGAUAUUGAUCGCAACAAGGUUGAAGGAACCGAGCAAGAGUUUAAAGUGAGACGUAUUAUCAAGCAUGGUGUAUUCUCACACCCAGUUCCGUAUGAAAAUGACAUUGCGCUAUUUCAACUCUCUGGCCAAGCUAAAUUAAACGACCUAGUGAAGACGGCUUGUUUACCUGAAUUUCUUGAAGACGUGCCUGUUGGAACGGAAUGUUAUAUAACAGGCUGGGGACAAAUGUUUGGCAAAGGAGAGUCAGCUCCAAUCCUACAAGAAGCACGGAUGCCUGUAGUUUCAAAUAGCGCAUGCGCAGCAAAGCUGGAUACUUCUCCGAAGGGUGGACUUCACACUGACAAUCGUACUUGGAUAGUCACGAGUAAAAUGAUGUGCGCAGGCGAUGCUGGGAAGACUAAAACACACGGAUGCUUUGGGGACAGCGGUGGGCCAUUUCAGUGUAAGAAGACCGCAGGCCAGUGGGUAGUGCAGGGUAUCGUAAGCUGGGGUGACCCUGAUUGUUCGUCUAGUAACCAUUACACAGUAUUUACUCGGGUCAGUGUGUUCCGUAAGUGGGUUGAUGAUGCACUGGGAACUAUCAGGAGCAUGGAAAAAGGCAGUCUUAACAAACAAGUGAACCCAGGCGGAAAACAGUCACCGACAACCGCUUAUUAAAGAGAUAAAGGCAGUAAAUAUGUGUAGAACAAAAAUCAGGACCCAAGGCGUUUAAAACCGGAGAUCCCAUUCUCUAUAUCUGAUAACAUAAAUUAUAAUACGCUACGUCAUAUAUGAAGGCGUACAACAUGCCCGUAUUUCUCGAGAAUUUUGACUAGGAAAACUAUUCAGAAUAACACUACUGUUUAAUUUGUUUCAAAUGUUGUUCAAAAGUAUAUUAUCUCUAGAGAAAAAACAAUAAAAAAAUUAAAUAAAAGUACAAGUCAACGUA